UCCAGCGCCGGCGAGACCGUUACAACGCCCCCGGGAACCCCUCACUCGCGAGAGUCUCCCGCGGCGUCAAGAUGAGCGGGAGGAGGGACGGCCGCUGAAAUGAGCGGCUUUCUGUGGAAAGCGGAGGGCAACGGAAGUGCCUGAGCCCUUGUGCGGCGUCGGGAACACCUCCCCCCCGCGGCCGCCGGGGCUCUGCGACAGUCGGGGUGCCGCCAACGCCAGCGCCGGCCGGCCGCGCGGAGCCAUGAGCCCUGCCCGCCGGGCUUGGCUCGCGGGGACCGCGGUGUGAGCGGCUGAGGCGGCGAGAGCUCGGGCCUGGCGGAGGAAUUAGAGAUUUCGAAGAUGUCAGAAAUACAUCCAAGUCAAGCUUGCACCAGAGAAGGAAAUGAGGUGGACUUUCCUACUAUCAAUUUCAAGGACUCUAGCUUUAGAAAGUUUUGUUCUGCAUCCUCGUUUCAAGAUAGUGGCUACAGUGAAUUGUCAAAAUCUUAUAGUUUUGAUAAUACAGAUAAGGAAUGUUUUGAACAGAAAGGAAAUAGCCCAACACUACUCUGUGAACAACCUGAAACUUCAAAUCCAGGCUUAGCAUAUCCUUUAGAGUCUUCUAUUCAAACAAGAUUUUUCUCCCCUGCAAAAGAAAAUAAUGCAAUUCCAAAACUCUGUGAUACUCCUAAAAUCAGUGGGAGAAGGUUUUUACCACGCCGUCGAAGGUUGGAAAUGUCUUUUGAUUGUGUGAAGGAGAAAUUUGAAUCUCAAAAUGAUUGUCUAGAAAGUAAUGUAAGCCAAGUUCUCCACUUAGAAACAAGCAGUACUUUCAGUUUUCCAAGGCAGAGUAAUUUUAGUCCUUUAGUUCUUAGCACUGUAAAAACAGAAGAAACAACCUCCAAUAAUCAAAAAUUGAGACUCAUUUUUUCUCAACAGAAGACUUCCACAGUUGAUGAUUCCAAAGAUGACUGUAGCCUAUUUGAAGUUGACAGUCUAUCUCCAAUUCAGGGCAAUAGUUCUAAAGACUCUGUCACACAUGACUUUAGUGAUAGCAGUCUAUCUGCUAAUGAUGAGAAUACAUACCCUGAAUGUCUGGGCUCCUCUGUUAAUGAACCAACUUGUGGAAGGGAUGAGGACAUAUUUAUGACUCCAAUAAGUAAUGUAACAAAUACUAAAUUUAAUGUGAGGCAAAGGUUUUCUCCUUCAGCUGAAGUGAGAGUUAAUAUUUCAACUCCUGAAGACAGUGGUUUUAACUCACUUUGCUUAGAUAGAUCAAAAGAUAUUGUUUCUGAUCAGGAGGGUUCUUUUGAAGAACUACUGCAGAAACGUAAGGCAAGUCUCAAAGUGGGAGAUACUGUAAGAAAGUCAAGGCACCUUCUAAGGUUGAGAAGACUCUCCACCCUUCGGGAGCAAGGCUCACAAUCUGAAACAGAAGAGGAAAAGCAUACUAUUCAGUCUGGUUCUGUAACAACACCAGCAGCACCUUCAGACACCUCAGAAAGUCAGUUAAGCAGUGAUAAGAGUGGGGAUUUGAGUUUUAAGGAUUUAUCAAACACCCCAGCACUGCAGUUAAUGCAUGAGCUCUUUAUGAGAAGUAAAAGGAAAAAAAUUCAGGAUAGCAGUGCACAUGAAUUCUUAGAAGAAGGGGAUAUGGGGGAAAUAACUGUAUUGCAGUGUGUGCUUGCAGGACUGAUUGGCAAGAAAAUGGGUAUAGAAAAGCUGGACAUCUUAACAGAAUUAAAAUAUAGAAAUUUAAAGCACAUUCUUGCUAUGGUCUUAGAUUCCUUGACUGCAGAAACCCUAUGCAGAUUACUGCUCAACUCCAGCCUUUGGUGGUGCUGGGGGUUGAACCUGGGACCAUGGAACCUCAGCAUGUGGAAAGUGAGCAAAGAUUGGCGUGAAAUUAUUGUUCAAGAUAAAAAUGCAAAUAAGAGGAGGAAACAUUAUAUGGCACAACUGAAAACAGACUCUGAGGUAGAGACAGGGAAAGAGGGAAAGAUGCCACAGCACCGAAGCUUCCCCCAGUGUGGUGGGGGUGAAAGUCAGACCUGGGUUACCAACAUGACAAAGCAGGCACCCUCCUCCCAGGGGGCUAUAUUAAAUGUUGAGGAUGCUGCUACUAGACUUCAGCUUAUAAAUCGAUCAGCUUUAAGAUCUGUGCAAGCUCAGGCUAGGACACCAGGUUCUCAGAAAGAACAAGGUUCAACAUUUUCUCCUUGGGGAGAAGUUUUGACACCCAUAGCAAACUCAUCUGAUACCCACUUAAGUAGUAAACAGGAAGAAUAUGUUAAGGUUGCCAAAACACUUUUUAUCGGUGAAGCAAUAAAACCUUGCCCAAGGUGCCAGUCCCCUGCUAAAUACCAGCCAUAUAAGAAAAGGGGAUUGUGUAGCCGCGCAGCCUGUGGUUUUGACUUUUGUGUGUUAUGUUUGUGUGCAUAUCAUGGGUCUGAAGAAUGUAGUAGAGGAACAACAAAGUCAAGAUAUAGAAGAGAUGCUCUUCCGGGAAGUGCCCAGAGUAAGCAGAAUUUAAAACGUCUCUAAAGAGACUUUAAAUACAAAAGAAGCACUGUCCCUAUGCAAUGUUUUGUCUGAGUUAAAAUUAUGAAUAUUUUUAAAGCACGCAAAUAUUUCCCUUAAUGACAGAUGAUGAUUAUUUAUUAUUUUGUAUACAUUAUAAUCCAUGUCAUUUUAUGUAUUUAAAGUGAUGAGUUUUGAAAAAUUUUAUUUAUUUUAUUACUUUUAUUAAUUUUAAUAACUUUAUGUUUUUAAAUAAAGAUGUUUCAUUGUUAUUUGUUUGUAUUUAACUGUUUUAUGUAGCAUUUAAAAGUUGUGCAUUUCAUCACUGUUGAAAUGUUUUUCAUUUCUUCUUAAAAAGAGUUUUCCAAAUAAACUUUCAAAAUGGAGACAUAGCCUUAUAGAUUUGGAAAAUGAAUAUCUGAAUGAAAUGAAAUAUAAAUAAAAUAUUUUCAAAAGUUUUAA